GCUUUACGGUUUUAGACAAGAAGCAAAACUAAGUUGGUGAAGGUCGCUGCUCAGUUCUUUUACUUGUGCUGUUGCGAUGAGAGGUGAUUCACAGGUGUGGGGUGAGCGGAAAGUCGGAUAGAUCAUGGAGACAAAUCGCUCUGCUCCCGGUCAACGGGCUCUGGAGGUGUUUCUGCGCACCCUGUCCACCAGUGUGCCACACAGCAGCUACAAAUCAAUGAGGCUGAUCUGCCAGACGUCGGGGCUCAUCGACAAGUCGACGCUGAGCGAAAUCAGCGACUGCUUUGAGCUCUUCGCCGAGCUGUACCGCCGCAAAGUGUUCACGCCUAUGAACUUCUCGUGCUUGAAGAUGCUGCUUCUCUCGGAGAGGCUAUACUCGCUAGCUAAACAGCUCGUGGAGUAUGAGCAGUACACGAAAGCUUCGUUGCUGGCUUCUCUCGACCCCGAACAGCCACGCAACCCCACUCGAAGUCAAGGCGAGUCGUCCGAUGGCCUGCGCCAGCCGGGCUCUGAAGGACGCCAGGCACACCAUUCUGCCACACAUUACCAGAGUGGGCGCCAGCAAUCAGCUCGAGCUCCGACGUCCAGCAGUACAGGUGUCAUUGCACAAGAGACUGGCAGGCAGCCCAUACAGGCGUCGCACAACUUUGCAGCGGAUAGUCCUCACGGCAACCAGGACGCCGCGCUACGAACGCCGCUAGACCUGCAAUACCAGCUAGGUUUUUCUGAUCUGCCCGACUAUGGCACUGGAGCUGCGCGGAAAGACACGCCGCGUGUGUCCGUCCUGGAUGAGUUCUGCAAGCUGUGCCAUUCCCCAAACAUGAGCAGAUCCACCGUGCAGCAGCAUGGCUACAGCUUGCGGCACGGCAAGGGCCUCGUUCUCAUCAUCAACAUUGAGAGGUUUGACCCGUCCACCGCAUCCGUUCACUUGACCGACCGCCGCGGCUCCGCUGAGGAUGUGCGGAGACUGCAGCAGUGCUUUGGAGAAUUCCUCAACUGCCCAGUCGAGGUUCAGCGCAACUUUCCCAAGGAGCAGCUUCUUGAGUACCUGCGACGAGUGGCGGAAAGGGAUCACACAGACACCGACUGCUUGUUCUGUUUCCUGAUGAGCCACGGCUGUGAGGAGUCACUGUUCAUGCACGACGGGGAACUGGUGGAGCUGAAGACCAUUGUGCAAAUAUUCAAGGAUGGUGGCAAGCUGGACCACAUCCCCAAGCUGUUCUUCACGCAGGCGUGUCGAAACAGCGUCAGCGACAAUCCAGAAUUGCUAGCGCUGAUGGAGCGGGCAACCAAAGAACUCUCGGGAUCGCAAGCAGCCAACUCCACGCCCAUCGAUGGCGACAUCCUCAUCGGCUUCCCGACGCUGGCAAAUGGCACGGCACUGCGCGAGGAGCACAGCGGUUCUCUCUACAUCGAAUCACUGUGCCAGUGUAUCACACAGCUGGUGCCACGGCACGAGAGCUUGCUGAACAUCCUGCUGGAGGUGAAUCGCAAAGUGGCCGACAAGGCCAACGACUACCAACACAAUCAAGACCCCAUGCAGAGUCACAGCCUGAAGCGACUGCUCCAACUGCCAUGUCCGCGGUGCAGAGAAUGUUGCCAUCAAUAGCUGCCGCCAUGCCCAACCCCGCGGCUAGACCCGCCACCGAGGCUGUUCCAGUGGCAACAAUGCUCUCACUGCAUAGAUGUUGUUGCCUGGCUUGCCGCCGUGGCCGGAGCUGGUCGAUGGCCACAGCAUGCACACACACACACACACACACACACACACACACACACACACACACACACACACACACACACACACACACACACACACACACACACACACACACACACACACACACA